AGAUCCUGUUAAGAGCUGGAAAUGCAAACCCAAUGCAUUUUCUCCACAGGAGAACUAACACUGACAGUUUUUCAGGAAGAAAAGCCCAUCCUCUCACCACUCGGUUGUAGUACAUAUUGACAUUAAAUUAGUCAAGGUUUUUAAAUCCUCAAAAAGGAAAUGAAACCCGCCACUUCCUUCUGAUGAAAAGCAACAUUUUUCUAAACGCUCACAAAGAUCGUCACCAUACUGAAGCUAAAACCUUUUUUUAAAAGCCUUCACGGCCAAAGGUGAGUUUUGGCCAUCAUUAACCUUAGUGAGUCCCCCCGACUUUUUUGGAAGUGCAAUACUAAAUUGUUUAUUCAUGCAUCGGUAACAAAAAUCCAGUGAUAAAAUGCAGUAAAAGUCCUUCUGUAUAAUGAGUUUACUUGCAACUUUACAUGUUGCUGCUAAUAUUCCUUGUAGUUUCUAAAUGUUGAUACUUUUAGAUCUCAAUACGUCCUCCACUACUGCCAUCUUUUGAUUUAAAAAAAAAAAAAAGUAAAUGUGUUCAAUAAAUGUCCAGCAGAGACCUUUGUGAUGUGACCUGGGCAAGGUCAGUGGCUACCGAAUGUUUACCCCUUACGCCCAACUAUGUGGCCGUAGGAGUUUGGAGUGGGUGGGCCCUGCGAUGAUGUGCUCACAAAGUCCACACUGUCCAGACAGUCCUGUGCACACCUAGUCCCACCCCUUCUCUCACCCCUCAGUUGCCUACCUCUCCCCCUGCUGCGCUCCCCUGUACUCCUCUCCUGCUCCUCUCCCAGGGUCAGCUACUUGUUUGAAGUUUGACGAGUUUUGGAGACGCAUUUUGCUCUGUCUGACAUCCCUCAGCCACCAUGGUUCACAGCAGCAGUAUCUGUAGAGUACUCCUCCUGGUGCUCCUCGGCUUCUUGGUAGCCUUUGUACACACAGAGACAGUCGCAGACUCGACAACAAGAGACAACCAGGACACCAUGUCUGGAGAACCUCCCAGUGACGUCACCACCAAAGAGCCGUUCCAGGACAUGACGGAGCAGUCCUUCACUUUUGACUAUGAGUACACCACGCACACGGAGGCCAUGGACAAGAAUGAGGGAGUGCUGGGGCCAGGGGCCAUAACAGCCAUUGUUAUAGCAGUCUUUCUAGGAGCGUCUGUCCUCCUCGCACUCGUCGUCAUCACACUAAGGAAGUUCACCGCCUCCUAGAGUGAAUACAUCCCAUCUUGUAUGUGUGUUUGUGUGUGUGUGUGUGUGUGUGUGUGUGUGUGUGUGUGUGUGUGUGUGUGUUUGUGUGUGUGUGUGUGUGUGUGUGUGUUUGUAUGUCAGCGUUUCUCUUUUGCCUCUCAUCUCAAUCUCUUAACUCUUUCUUGCAAAAAUGCGACUGACUAUUUCCAGAUUUCCUCCUGGAAGCUCACUCUAAUUGUUGCUCAACAUGUCCACUUGUUACUGAGGGUAUAAUGUUAGAAACUGGCUGGCUCUUCCAGUGGAAAUCGUAGCAUGUCCAUGUCAUUCACUCUGUUUGUUUUUUGAACUUGCAUGCUCUAAAUGGUUUUUAAAUGUGUGUGGGCCGUUUGUUUCCUGAUGGGACGUGUCCUGCAUGUGUUUGCUUUUAUAUUUGAAGAGGAAGUGUGUGCUUUUGUCUUUGUGUCUUUCACAAUAAUUUUAACUCAUGUCUAAAAUAUUCCCUUGGUGUCACCCAUGUACAAUUUGUAUUCCACCAUUUACAAACAUUUGUAGAGUGAAAAUAAGGAGAAAACAUUUUAGAAAGGCUUCUUCGAUGAAUGUAAACAGGGUAGUUGGGUUGUUUGUUUUGACCUGCAUAGCAAAUAUAAAGAUAGAGCGUGGAUGAAUUUGUGUUUGCACUCAAGUGAGUGUUUGUAGUUUUUUGUCGUUGUUUUAUUUACAGUGGGUUGGAAAUCAUUUUAGUACAAUUUUUUUUUUUUUUUUUACACGCCUCAGAGUCCUCAGACGUAUAGCUGGAUGUUGCCAUGGUAAUUUCACUGCCCGAUUAUUUUGUGAGAUUUAAGUUGAAUAAAUAAAUCCAAUUAAUCCGAUGCCAAA